UGUGGGUAAUUUUGCUUGUCUUCCGGUGAAGUGAUGAACCAUUGUUCACUUGUUGACUUAAAAUGGCUGAACACGCUGUGCUGCACCCUUAGCAGGGAAUUAUUAAGCGAAUCUAAACUACGCAGGGGUCUCCAGGUUUCGUCUAAUGUUAGCAAGCAGCAAGUUGCAAUGUUAGCAAGAUAAUGUGACGAAUGUGUGUCUUUUUCUUCCAACCACUAAGUACAAUGUGAAGUGAACCUCUUGAAGUGCGAGCAACUCGGGCUUGAGAAGACCACUCGGAGAAAACGAAUAAGCCUGUUAUCUGCUCUUUCCGACAUAUUACACGGGUAGUAGUGGUUUAAGCUCGAGUUUAAGAUAAAUGGGAAAGCGCUAUCACUGCGAUUAUUGUGAUCGCAGUUUUCAAGACACGCUGCACAACAGAAAGAAACAUCUGAAUGGCGUCCAGCACCACCGAGCCAGAAAAGCCUGGUUCGAUAACUUCCGAGAUGCAGCUGCGAUUCUUCAGGACGAGAGAGCAAAACAAACCUGCAGGAAGUUUCUACAGACAGGGCAGUGCGUAUUUGGUUCCAGCUGUAGGUACUCUCAUAUGUCUGAACAGGAUAUGAAGAAUUUGGAGCAACAUAUUCAUGAAAGACAACAGGAGAUGGACUUGGACCAAAGUGAAAUCUCCACUAAACCUUCACUAGAGGAGUGGCUGUCUAGGAGAGAGAAAAGGGCAGCUCCAUCAUCAGAAAGUGUUUUAAAACUGCAAGAGGAAGCAACAGCUAAAAAUAUAGAAGUUCCAGCGUUUCUGCUCUCCAUCCCAGAUCUCCCUCCAUCACUUCUGCCCCUGCAUCCUGAAGGAUGGAGACGCAAGGUCAAUCCUGACUGGAGUUAAAAUACAAAUGUGGGCAAAAGAGUCUGGACACCUCAUCAUUACCCCUUAGUGUCGCCCUGAACAUUCCAUUUCAGACUCGUAUAAAUACAGACUUGUUUCCUCUGUCACUGCUAUAAUAGUCUCCACUCUUAUGGAAAGGCUUUCCACUCAAUUUUGUAAUCUGGCUGUGGCGAUUUAUGCUCAUUCCGCUACAUAGGCCUUAAUAAAAGGAGGGCUCAAGAAGGCCUGGCUUUGCAGCAAUUCCAGUUCAUCCCAAAGAUGUUCUGUUGAAGUUGAGGCCAGGGUUCAGCCGCUUUCUAGACAUUUGUGUGAUUCCAACUUUGUGGUAGGCCCAAAAAUGGGUGUCGUUUGGGUGUCCACAAACAUUUGGACAUGAAAGAUUUGUGUUAACAUGAAUUUUAAGUCAUUUGAGAGAAUGUUUUUAAGCAGGAUUGUAAGUAAAAUAAUAUGAGCAGUCUAACUGCUUUUGAUUUCCAAGUGCUUAUCCCUUGCAUGUUCUGUGCAUUUAUUUCACCACAUGUGUCUAGCGAAUUACAAUCCGUCUUGCUCUAGAGGUCUCUCUUAAUAUGCACAAUAAUUUGUAGUCUAGCCUAUCUAGCAGUUGCUGGCUUAAUUGACUAUUGUUUCAAGUGUAUUUGUUCAAAGGCCAUUACCAUGCUCUGGGAGAGCAAUGGCCCCAGAGCCAAUCAAUUCUUUUGUAUUCCUUGUGUAUCUAAUGGUUCUGAUUAAAAAGCCAAUGUAGCAGAAUAUUAUUUAAUUUACAAUUAUUUUUAAGUGUUUGCUUGGUAAGUUAAGUCUCCUUGGCAAGCACAUUCUUUGUUUGCUCUGAUGCCCAUGUAAACAUGAGUAUGUACAUACAAACGCACACAAACACACACUGGCCAAAAAAAGAAACAUCGCCCUUUUAGAAGUGUAAAAUUUUCAUCUAAAGAAUAGAAAAAAAUAAGGAAAUUUUAAAAUGACUGAAACUGGGCUAAGAUUUGGUCACUUGGUUAAAUUGCAUGGUAAAAUAUUAACAAUAAAACCAUAGCUUUGUUUAAUAGUGAUAGUAUUUUUUUUAUAUGUACAUAAUGUGAUGAGAACCCGCAGGAUUGAGAGGUUCAGCAAUUUAACAUGCCCAAAAAACGAGCAGCUGACGAUCUGAAUAGAUAAAAUGACUAUUUUUUCAGUCAGUGGAUUUAAAAAAUAUACAUUCUUCCCUGAUGGCUUAGGCAUAUUCCAAAAUGACAAGGCCAUGAUUCAGGAUAUCGAAGAGUGGUUCAGGGAGCAGGAUUUUCACACAGAUUGGCCUAUAAAGAAUCCAGACUUAAACCCUACUGAGAAUCUUUGGAAGGUGCUAGAGAAGGCUUUCCACAGCCGUCUGACUCUCCCAUCAACAACACAACGUGAUCUUGGUGAGAAAUUAAUGUUGUGUCAUUGCAUAAGCCUAUCGAAACUAUGCCAUGAUCGCAAUCAAAGCAAAAAGCAGUCCAACUAAAUAUUUUUGAUAUUUUUUUUGCUGUAUGUGAAGGUGUGAGCAAAGUCAAGGCUUUCUGCUUUAAAGGUCUGAAGUCUGACAUUAACCGUUUAGGAAUUACAGCUGUUGUCAGAUACACAGCCAUUUUGGGGGCUUAUAAAUAAUAAACAGGGGAAACUGUCCUAUAACAAAUAAGGAACGCCUAUAAAGCAAGAUAUCAAGGAAUUCUAUCUAUCCUUCCAUCAAGCCAAAAAGUGAACACCAGUAGUUUUUGUCUUAAUUUACUUGCUUUUCCUGAGCCAAUUAAUUUUUGUUCGAAGAAAAGUUGCAGAUUACGCAAUGAGGUCAUUCCAACGCUAUAGUAUGGUAACAUAGACCAUAGCAAGCUUUCAUUUUCCUGCAAAAACAUUUACUUUUUUUUAGCUUUUUCAAAAAACAUAGUGUUUAUUUAUCAUUAUUUAUUAUGAUUGUUUAUUGUGCUCAUAAAUGGCUUUUGGCAGCUUUUUAUGUGGGUUGUUUUUGUAUGUUAAUGCAAGGGUUAAUCUUGUGAAUCAAUCAGCACAUAUUAAACUUUUCUGUCACAACUGA